UAUCGGUCCCUUGAACGGCCCGUAUACAUACAUCGCUCGGGACGGCCCACAGUGCUCGGCUCUCCAAUCGCAGGGCUGGGAAGAAAGCACGGGGCAGAACUCCCAUGACAUCCGGAUAAUAAUAUAUCAAAGUCAGAGUACUUGAUAAAAGCGAGUCCAACUCCACGGCAACAUUUAUUCUUCGGUUUCUUACCUUCGUUACAACCCCUCGUUCCCGUUUAGAUAAUUAGAGAGUUAGUUACGCAAUUACUACGGAGUACUCUAGAUGCCCCCGUCAUAGCCGUCGAAGCCGCCCCCAUUCCCCGCGCUCCCCCCCCCCCAAAAAACCCCAACCACACCACCACAGCGAUGCAGCUCCCACUAGCAUCCUACGCCGCUGCAGCCCUUGCUUUCGCUUUGGGGGCAUUCGAUCUUAUCCGUCUAGUCGAUGCUGCUCCUAUAUCGCCAAUACUGCAGAAUAUCCUCAAAAACACAGAUCAGAGUCCCUUGUAUGAGUAUCCGACUGACCUGACCAGGGGGAUCAUCCCGAUCCCGGUACAUUCGCACAAUGACUACUGGAGAGACCUGCCCUUCUAUUCUGCUCUUUCCGCCGGCUGUAUCUCAAUUGAGGCAGAUGUCUGGCUAGAGGAUGACAUGCUGCUCGUUGGCCAUGACCUAUCAUCGCUAACUAAGACCCGCACCCUCCAAUCGCUUUACAUAGGCCCAAUAAUGGAUGUCCUCCGCCGGCAGAACCCGCGCAAUCCUUACAUAAAAGAAGAAACUAGAAAUGGUGUCUACGACACGGAUCCCUUCCAAACCCUCUAUCUCUUCAUCGACGUGAAAACCUCCGGCCCCGAGACCUGGCCACACGUAGUCGCAGCCCUCGAACCCCUCCGCGCCUCAAACUACCUAACCACCCUCCGCAAAAACGAUACCCUAACCACAGGACCCGUCACCGUCAUCGGCACGGGUAAUACACCCCUGAGCCUCGUCGGGCCCGUCCCUGACCGCGAUUACUUCUACGACGGCCCCUUAGCUACUCUCGACAAGGAGGGUUCUCCGGAGAUAACAAAAUAUAUAUCACCCAUAGCGUCUACGAACUUUGUGGCUGCCAUUGGUGCGGAUGGUAUUGUUCUGCCUCCCGCGGAAGGCGGGCAAGAGGACGGGGAGAAGGAGUCAUCCUGGUUGAAUAGCGAGCAAUUAGAAACUCUGAGGGAACAGAUUGGGGCGGCAAAGAAGAAGGGGAUUGGUGCUAGGUAUUGGGGCACGCCUAGCUGGCCGGUGCGCGAGCGGAACGAGGUGUGGAGAACGCUGUUGAGGGAGGGGGCUGCGUUGCUGAAUGCUGAUGAUCUGGAGGGGGUUCAGGGGUAUUUUUAGAAUUUGGUUUGGUUUGGUUUGGGUUUUUUUUUUUUUUUUUUUUUUUUUUUUUUUUUUUUUUUUUUUUUUUUCCCUUUCUUUUCCUUUGUUUGUGCUCUUUCUUCGUUUUUGCCCGGUUCGGUAGAUAUUAAUACACCAUUAUGAGAUUGAUGUCUUCGUUUAGUUUGUGUUUUGUAUCGCUCUCUUCCUUUCUUCACUUUCGUGUUUGGGAUCUAGACAGCCCUCUAGGGCUGAGUCCGGGUUCACAUUUUUUGACCUUACGUAUGGAGACUCAGGUAUACAGACUAUACAUCGCCUUGUACCUUUUACAGGAUAGAAUCACAGGAUCCCCUAUGCUCAUCUAAUUCAUUUAAAGCAGCCUUUUUUGUUUCCUGCCAUAAACUAUUUUACCAGUAUUAGAAAAACAAAUAACUUCCUUUCCCAGAUCAUUCACACGUGGGAAUUAGUUCCUGG